GAGAGGCCCCGCCCCCUGCCUCGGGUCUCUUUGGAGCCUCGGACGCGCCGGCUUUGAGCAUCCCUGGUCAGCCAGGCGGAAGGCCCCGGAGCUCUGGCUCCGGCGGCAGCGGCUCGUCUCGCCCUCGACAUGGCCAGUAUCGGAGAGGACACAUCCAACGAUGGCGAUGCGCCCCCUGCAGCAGCCACGGUGGCAGAUGAUGCCCACCUCCUGGGCUUCUCCGAUGAGAUCCUCCUGCACAUCCUGAGCCACGUCCCCAGCAUAGACUUGAUUCUGAAUGUCCGGCGCACCUGCCGGAAGCUCGCAGCGCUGUGCCUGGACAAGAGCCUCACCCACACGGUGCUGCUGCAGAAGGACUAUGAGGCCAGCGAGGACAAGGUGAAGCGGCUGGUGACGGAGAUCGGCCGGGAGGUCCAGCAGCUCAGCAUGGCCGGCUGCUACUGGCUGUCGGGCAGCACGGUGGAGCACGUGGCCCGCUGCCGCGGCCUGGUGAAGGUGAACCUCUCGGGCUGCCACCUGACCUCCCUGCGCCUCUCCAAGGUUCUGUCGGCCCUGCAGCGCCUGCGCUCCCUGGCCAUCGACGUGAGCCCCGGCUUCGACGCGAGCCAGCUGAGCGGCGAGUGCAAGGCCACGCUGAGCCGCGUGCGGGAGCUCAAGCAGACGCUGUACACGCCCUCGUACGGCGUGGUGCCCUGCUGCACCAGCCUCGAGAAGCUGCUGCUGUACUUCGAGAUCCUGGACCGCACGCGCGAGGGCGCCGUGCUCUCGGGCCAGCUCAUGGUGGGCCAGAGCAACGUGCCGCGCUACCAGCACCUGCGCGUCUUCUACGCCCGCCUGGCCCCCGGCUACAUCAACCAGGAGGUGGUGCGCCUGUACCUGGCCGUGCUCAGCGACCGCACGCCCGAGAACCUGCACGCCUUCCUCAUCUCCGUGCCCGGCAGCUUUGCCGAGAGCGGGGCCACCAAGAACCUCCUGGAGUCCAUGGCCCGCAACGUGGCGCUGGACGCGCUGCAGCUGCCCAAGUCCUGGCUCAACGGCUCGGCCCUCCUCCAGCACAUGAAGUUCAGCAGCCCCUUCUACUUCAGCUUCAGCCGCUGUGCCCUGUCCGGCGGCCACCUGAUCCGGCGCGUCAUCGACGGCGGCAGGGACCUCCGGAGCCUGGCCGGCCUGAACCUCAGCGGCUGUGCGCACUGCCUGGCGCCCGACUCCCUGCUGCGCAAGGCGGAGGACGACAUCGACAGUGGCAUCCUGGAGACGCUGGUGGCGGCCUGCGGCAACCUGCGGCACCUCAACCUCUCGGCUGCCCACCACCACAGCCCCGAGGGCCCCGGCCGGCACCUGUGCCAGCUGCUGGCCCGGCUCUGCCACCUGCGCUCCCUGUCGCUGCCCGUCUGCGCCGUCGCUGACUCGGCGCCGCGGGCCGACCGCGCGCCCGUCCAGCCUGCCACGCACGCCGUGCCCCGCGGCUUCGGCAAGAAGGUCCGCAUCGGCGUGCCGUCUGGCCCCGACCCUGUCUCCGGGCAGGCGGGCCCCCUGCCAUCCUCUGUGUUCUGGUCGCUGCUGAAGAGCGUGCCCUUCCUGGACCGCCUCGAGCUGAUCGGGUCCAACUUCUCGUCUGCCAUGCCGCGCAACGAGCCCGCCAUCCGCAACUCGCUGCCCCCCUGCGGCCGGGCGCAGAGUGUGGGGGACUCGGAGGUGGCCGCCAUCGGCCAGCUGGCCUUCCUGAGGCACCUGACGCUGGCCCAGCUGCCCAGCAUCCUGACAGGCUCCGGGCUGGUCAGCAUCGGCCUCCAGUGCCAGCAGCUCCAGUCCCUCUCCCUGGCCCACCUGGGCACGAUGGGCAAGGUGGCCUACAUGUCCGCCCUCUCGGACAUGCUGAAGCACUGCAGGCGGCUGAAGGACCUCAGGCUGGAGCAGCCCUACUUCAGCGCCAACGCCCAGUUCUUCCAGGCGCUGAGCCAGUGCUCUGCGUUGCAGCGCCUGUGCCUGGUGUCCCGCAGCGGCACCCUGCAGCCCGAGGCCGUGCUGGCCUUCAUGGCGCGCUGCCUGCACGUGGUCGUGUGCCACCUGUUCACCGGCGAGUCGCUCAGCACCUGCCGGAGCCUGCAGCAGUCCCUCCUCCGCAGUUUCCAGGCCGAGCGGCCCGCGCUGAACGUCGUCAUCUUCCCUCUGCUCCACGAGGGCCUGACCGAUGUCAUCCGAGACGUUCCCAUGGUGCACCUGGACGAGGUCACCUUAUUUAAAAGCAGAGUGGCCGAGGAGCCGCCCAAUCUGUGGUGGUGACCGGAGCGGGCCCCCACCUGCCCGUCGCCGCCUGUGGCCGCUGCGCCUCCGUGGCCGAGGAGGCAGGACUGCCCCGGACAGGUGUGUGGCUUCCGGCCUGUGCCACGGCCGCCGCGGCUGCUCCCCUGCCCGAGGACCCCGGACCCCCGGUGGGCCACCGCCCCCUCCCCAGCCCUUAGGGGCUUCCUCUGGUGGAGAGCCUGUGCUCAGUGACGCUCUGGCUGAGAUGCGUGAGGAGGGCCGGCGGGAGGGCCGGCGGGAGGGCGACCUGCGGGCCUGGCCGGCGUGCUCCGGGGCUGCGACACGCAUCGCCGGGGCGCUGACUCCUUGGGGGCCUGGUCCCCAGAGCGCCACGUGACCCCACGGCUGCCCCCCGGCCCCCAGGGGUGGCCCUUUGCUCCUGUGCUCCUGGUCACCUGCCCCGGGCUCUGUGGGGGGGCGGCUGUGAGCCCGAGGCGGGGAGGAGCUUGCAGGUGCUGUGGCAGAUUUGGGGCUCUCCCCUCCUUCCAUUUAACCCAGUUACGCCUCUGGUAUGCGUCCAGCCAGGUGACAUCAGACAGGUUCGGGCCGGCAGCGGGUUGCUGGGCAGGGAAGCUGCAGGUCCCUGUGAAGGUCUGUGUUUCUGGGGAAACACGGGUAGACCUGCUUCAUUAGAAAACCUUGAAAUAUUAAAACCCAGAAGGGAUGCGUGGGGCUGGAGGAGUGAUCACAUUACCCCGUUUCAGAUAGCUUUAUUUAGCACUUUAAAAAAAUGCAACGCAGCUAUUCCCAAAACGAGGGACGUCCUCCCAGUGUCCUGGGCCUCCCGCCACGUGCCACCCGGUGCUUCUGCCUUGUCAGCCGCGAGACUCCCCCCAGAGCUGUCAUCCCUGCGGCUGGUGGGCUUCUGAGGGGCCCCGGUUGGGUUCCCUCCACCCAGCGUCUUGCCCCAACGCUCCCGGUGACGCUCCUGGAGACUUCCAGGGAAGGCUGGGCGGCGUCGGGGCAGCUUCCAGCCGGGGGCACCUGGGUCUCCGCAGAGGCUGCCUCCCCAGGGCGCCAGGGGCUGGGCCCAUCUCGCCCCGGCCUCCCUCCCCCUCUGGGCUGGGGGUGCAGGUUCCCCAGGCCCUCCUCACCGCUGCGGCCCGUCUCGGCUGCCGUCCGCUCAGUGGCCCCCAGCCCAGCCCGCUUCCCACUCUGUUCCGUGUGAUGGUCGCCCCCGUGUCGUGUAGCGUGUCCUAUAGUUUGCCUGUUGCAGGGCCCGGUACCUGGACCCUGGGCCUGCGUUCGCCUGCCCUUCCCUGGGUUCUCAAGGGGCAGACAGUUCAGCAGCCCCCACCCUGCCAGGCCGAGGGGGUCCAGGAGGCCUUCCGAUGGUGGAAGUGCUCGUAGGGCCAGGGUCUCGGGACGCACACAGGCCCCCGAGUGCUCCGGUCGAUUCUUCCUAAGCGCAGUCUGUCUGGCGGCCUCCACCCGUCCCCGCGGCCCUGGCCCUGCUCUCACCUCCCCACGGCACUGGGUGGAGCUGGGGCUCCUCCCCCUGCGCUGUGGUUUUCUUGCCGAGGGUGCAGUUGUCUCCUCUCUGGAGCGUGGGGUGCCCUCCUCCCUCCCCAGCUGCCGCUGGCGGCUCUUCGCCUCCUGCCCAGAGGGACCGGUCUGCCGGCUGCCCCCAGCUGGGACCCCCACCAGACCUGCAGCCCUCGCCUCCGCAGUCCUGACCUGGCCUGAGAGUCACAACCGGGCCCGCUUCUCUGGCCGUGCAGGCCGCAGGCCAGGCUGCCCUGGGCCCUGGAGAGACAGGGCCAAGGCCCUCGUUAGGGCCGCACGCUGUAGAUGAGGGUCUGAGAGGUGGUGGGAGUCCCCCACCCCAUUUCUGGGCAUGUUUUUCGUGCUCUGGCCCGGAUGGCCUGUUCUCAUGAGCAAGCAGUUUUAACCAGCAGUGUCAUUUAUGCCAGCAAACAGGGCUGGGAGGGGCCGUUCACGAAAGGCUGGGGCACGAGCUGCCUUGGAAAGCAGCCCCCAAACAAGAGGCCUUGUAUUUUUAGUGUCCCCCUCAACCAUCCUUUACUUAGAGCAAGAAUUUCCGCUGCUUCUCCACCCAAGUCAGGAUUCACC